UGCAGUGGUGGGAGGAGGUAUUACGCAGCUGGCGCUUCGGAUGAACACGAUCACAUAAAAGCGGAAAGAAGAUGCGCCUAUCUACUCUCGUAAGCAUAGAGGCAGCUUGCUUCUUUCUCCAGACAGUGCUGUCAUUAGGCCUGCCUUCCUCCUCAGGGCUGGGCGCCUUCGGCAGAACGAAGAGAGACAAACUCGAAGACGUGACUCAGGUUCUGGGAUCAGAUUCGGAUCUUUUCAUCGGUGAAGGCACAGACGAAGGAUCCACGGGAACCCCCGUCACAAACCCCUGGCUGUACAGAUUCCCUCCCUGGUCCCUCCCACACAACCCUCCUCCGGAUGGCUUCGCCUCUAGAGACGGCGACGACAUCAUCCUGAACCAGGUAGGCGACGGGGACGCCGACGGGCUCGAGGCGCCCUUAGAGCGGCCGCAGCUAGUAGAGGAUGGGGAUGUCGUCAUCGUCUCCGAUUUAGUCAAGAGCGACCGUCGGGGGCGUCUGAGCAACGUGAAGAUCCCCGGGGGGACCCUCUACCGCGACCAGGUUGUCCAGACCAUCGUUGACCUUUCCUUGGGCAAACGGCAGCGAGGGCCACAAGAUGCCCAAGCUCCCGUGGGCGUCGUUAUCGAAGAAGGGGGGAUUUUAGUGAGGGGAGACACGCCAGAGGCCGUUGUUCAGAAUGGUAUCACCAUACGAGACGAGGCCCCUUCGGUCAUUCCAGCGGUUCGUCUUCCAGUAGGGCCGCUUCCAGCAGUACUUGUUGCUCCUGGGACGGUUGUGACGUCGAGGAUACCAGAGUCACAAAAUCAUAAUGGAUUGUUUACUCCGGAAGCCGUGGAUAGCAGAAACUUACACGGGAAUAUUAGGGUGUCGUCUCAUUUUGGAAACAAUAUCUUACAGCCCCAUGUCACAACUGAGUCCAGUUUACAUUCGAAUAUCAGAACAACUUCUCGUUUUGGAGGUAAUAUCUUACAGCCCCAUGUUACGAAUGGGCCUAGUUUGAACGCACAAAAACCUAACGCCGGAGAAUUUCGACCGAGCCCACCUGACCUGUCGCUGAAUAAUAUUCCGGCACAGUUCAAUGUCAUCUCUCCUUCCACUUUCCCUCACAACGGUUUCAGACCUAGACCAUCGUCUUCAGGAACUCCGAGCUUCCCUAUUCACGGCCCACCAUCUCUCCAAGGGCCCAGCAGUUUUCCGAAGCAGUCAAGGGCCAACAGACAGUUUCACCAUCCCUUCCAACGUAACAGCAUUGGAAGUGGAGUUACCAAGCACAGUAACAACCAGCAACCUUCGACGUUAUCUGAUUUCAUAUCUAGUAAAAAUAAUAUAAAAAAUAAUGUUAAUAUUAAUAAUAUUAACGACAGAAAACCUCUUUGGGUUCCCGUCGUGCCAGGGGCGUCUACUGCGACUCGACAACGAAGCGAUGCGACCUCGUCUCUCCCUCUGGUACGAUUACAGCAGAGCUCCUUCAAAGUCACCACAGGUCAAGGAAAGAGCUUCUUCCCGAGAGAGACACGGAGCUCAAAUCGCCGUCCUUCAGAUAGCAACGGCUCUCCCAGACCUCCUACGAGCAUUCAGGACAUCAUCGACAGCACCUACGACACCGUGCCAGUUCCCCAAGGGCGAGAGAGGGAGGCUGGUCAUGACCCUCUUCCAUUACCCCCUACGGGUAAUUUAUCUCAGCAGGAUGGCCGGUGGCUAUGGAGGAAAUCUUAAAGUGUUGUAUAGAAGUAUUUAAUAUGAGCUAAUAUUUGCUUUAAUUUUAAAUAUAAGUUUUUAAUUCUUAUAUUUGUAGUGAUAGGCUGUUAUUCAAUUGCUUAUGUUUGUAGAUAGACA